AUGAGUUCAUUAUUCGCUCGAUUCGCGUCCAGUUUUCCGGUAGUCCGCGUCGUCCGUCCGCCGCAAACGCUUACAACGUUAUCUGCACCUGACCAUCGUGAAUCGUUCGAGCGGCGCCGCGAUAUCGUUUGAUCGGCUGCAAGGAAAACUCUUAUUUUUCGAUUUCAUUCCGCUCGUCGCCGUUUAAUCCGCCGCACUCGCGCACAAUGUCUGCCGUAAAGUUCGUCGCUGCGUUCGCCCUGGUGGCCGUGGUCGCGUCGGUGGCCGGUUCGCCAAUGUCGUCGUCCGUGGCUCAGCAGCCGCCCCCGCCGCAGCGUGACCAACAGGACGGUGACAACGACGUGAACCUCCACCCGCAGCCGCACCACCAAGCACAACACGCCAAGCCGUCGUACGUGAUACGCGAGGAAGAGCUGAUGCGCAAGCUGAACGCCAAGUGCGGCGCCCGGGACGUGUCCAGCUGCGUAAUGCUGAAGCUGGUCACGUACAUGAACAAGCUGAUGAAGAAGAACAGCCUGGAGAUCAGCGACAUGAUGGAGAUCGCCAAGAAGGACGGACCGGCCGAGGAGACGGCCACCGCCGGCGAGGCGUCGGUCCCGGUGGACGGCUCGGCCAGGGGGUACACCGACGAGUCGGCGUUCGGCGAGGUGAUGGCCGACAAGCUGUGGAGGUAUGUCCAAUCCCGGGCGCUCAAGAUCAAGGUUCUGCCCGAGGCCGACUUCGUCGUGUCCGCGUCCCCGGAACAAGACGGGUCUCUGAACUUCGGCAUGUCGUUCAGGUCCGGCAAAGACUUGAACGAGUCCGGACGGGGUAAGAACAAGAACAUGGGACCCAUGAUGGCGGCCAUGAUGAUGAAAAUGGGAAUGCUCAAGGUCAUUGCCUUCAAGGUCCUCGCCCUGCUCGUAGGAAAAGCUUUGUUCGUCAGCAAGCUCGCCUUCCUAUUGGCCACCGUCAUCGGGCUGAAAAAGUUAUUCAGCCAACAGAAACACGUCACGUACGAGGUGGUGGCUCACCCACACCACGAGUCCCACGGAAGUGACUCCUACAGCUCGGCCGGAUGGGGUCGUUCGUCGUCGGAAGCAGCGCACAACAUGGCCUACUCCGGACAGGGUCAGUAGACACGACGACUUCGUAAUUAUUAGGUAUAUAAGUAGCUGCAUAAGACAUCACACGAUGAGCUCAAAUCUUGUACUCUACUGCAGUAUCUAUGCCUGUUCGAACGUUUAGUCAGCACCUGCUCGUCCUCACUUCCGGCGUUCAAUAUAUUAUCUGAACGUCCGUUAAUUUAUUUGAAAAAAAAAAAAAACAAACAAGAAAAUCACGUUAUUUAUUAUUUAUUAUUUAUAUUAUAUUUAUUGCGUUAAUUGUUAGAUAGUUUUUGAUAUCCAAUAUAAUAUUAUGUAUUGAAAAAUGUUUUUAAAUGUGCUGUACCUAUUUAUUAUAUGUCAUCUGCGAUCUGCCCGCGAUCGAUGAUAUAAUAACUUGCUAUCUACCACACUAUAUUAUAAAUAUAUUUAAAUAUAUACAUAGGUCGCAAAAAAUCCAACAUUAGUGGGCAGUGUAGACGAUCAAAGUCAUUUUUAGAAUGAUAAUUAGAGAUUUCAUUAUUUAUUAAUUUAUAGCUACCUACUAUUAAUAUCUUAUUUUUGUUAAAGUCUACCCCAGUCUUAAAACAAAGUCAAUGGCUCGUGAACCAAACCAUAUGUUAUGUAGGUUUAAUACUGUUUUUUAACCAUAUAAUAAUAAUUAUUAUUAUUUAGCAUUAUAAUAAUAUAUUUAUAUUAAGUGAUUUAGUAAUUUUCCAUUCGCACAAUAUUAUUGGAUUUAUUGAAUAGCUUUCCAUAGUCUGUUGCGUAACUAUGUAUACCUUCCUAGCUUAUUAUAGUAAUACAAUGGAACACAAUACACGUACAAUAUUUAUAGAAAAUGCAUGAAUGUACUAAAUCACAAAAUAAAUCGUUACCGCUACCAAUGUACGUAUACCGUAUGUAAUGAUAGAACACACAAGACAUGUAUCAAUAUCAUCUUAAAUUUUUAAUUAAAUAAAGACAAUUUGACAAAACGCCAA